AUGGGGGCGGGUCACCCCCGCCGUUACAUAAGGGGUUACGUCAGGGCGCACAGCCCCGUUCUUAUCCCGCCGCCGCCCCGCCCGUUAACACGCCGCCACAGUGCCCGGCCCGGAGCCCGCCGCUGGGCCCCAGGGGAGCGGGCCGCCGCCGCCUCCACCCGCCCCGCCGCUGCGGGGGUGGGAGUGGGACAGUCCUGGUCUCACCGCCGCCCCCCCUCCCCUUCCCCCCCCCCCCCCGCCGCCGUGGUUCGUCCCGCCCCGCUGCGAUUGGCCGAGCGCUUAAAGGGGCAGGCAGGGCGCGCUUUUCCGCCCUCCGACGCGGCGGCGCGUGCCCCCUCGCCCGCGCGGCGCUCGCCGGCUCCGCGCUCCCCGGCGGGCGGGGGGCGGGGGGGGGCGCGCGCGGCGGCGGGCGCCAUGGAGCCGGCGGACGGCGGCCGCCGCGGGACACAAAGGGCGACGCGGCGGCGGGCAGCGCGGCGGGGCCCCAUGGCGGCGACGGCAGCGGCGGUGGUGGCGGGGCCUGGCCCGGGUAUCGGUGGUAGCAGUGGCGGGGCUCCACGGUACAGCCUGCUGGCCGAGAUCGGCCGCGGGGCCUACGGCGUGGUGUACGAAGCGGUGUCGGGCCGCAGCGGCGCCCGGUUGGCGGUGAAGCGGAUCCGUUGCGACGCCCCCGAGAACGUGGAGCUGGCGCUGGCGGAGUUCUGGGCCCUGACGAGCCUCCGGCGGCAGCACCCCAACGUGGUGCGCUUCGAGGAGUGCGUCCUGCAGCGGCACGGCCUGGGGCAGCGCAUGAGCCACGGCAACAAGCGCAGCCAGCUCUACCUGCGCCUCGUCGAGACCUCCCUCAAAGGUGAGAGGAUCCUGGGUUACGCGGAGGAGCCUUGCUAUCUCUGGUUUGUCAUGGAGUUCUGCGAAGGGGGAGACCUCAACCAGUAUGUGCUCUCACGAAGACCCGACCCGGCGACAAACAAGAGCUUCAUGCUGCAGCUGACCAGCGCCAUUGCCUUCCUGCACAAGAACCACAUUGUCCACCGGGACCUGAAACCAGACAAUAUCCUGAUAACUGAGAAGUCCGGCACCCCUGUUCUCAAGGUGGCCGACUUUGGGCUGAGCAAGGUCUGCGCCGGCCUGACUGCUCGGGGCAAGGAGGGCGCGCACGAGAACAAGAAUGUGAAUGUGAACAAGUACUGGCUGUCUUCGGCUUGUGGCUCCGAUUUCUACAUGGCGCCCGAGGUCUGGGAGGGACACUACACUGCCAAGGCCGACAUCUUCGCCCUCGGCAUCAUCAUCUGGGCCAUGAUCGAGAGGAUAACUUUCAUCGACGCGGAGACCAAGAAGGAGCUGCUGGGGACCUACAUCAAACAGGGGACUGAGAUUGUGCCUGUUGGGGAAGCGCUGCUAGAAAACCCAAAGAUGGAGCUGCACAUCCCUCAGAAACGCAGGACUUCCAUGUCUGAGGGGAUCAAGCAGCUCUUGAAAGACAUGUUGGCUGCUAACCCGCAGGAUCGACCUGAUGCCUUUGAGCUUGAAACCAGAAUGGACCAAGUUACAUGUGCUGCUUAAAUUCAGGGCAGGGCACUGCUGUGCUUUACCGCUGGGUUUAUUUUCCAGGGACCCAUAAUCUCCAUUAUUUACGUGCAACAAGGGAAGGCAAAGAUAAGGGAAGAUGAUGAUACAGAAGAUCCCUGGUCUGCAGGAUCUCCGGCAAUGUGAAAUGUUUGGGUGUUAAUUUGUUUUGUUGGGAAGAGGUGUUCUGGCAGUGCGGGAGGGGGCUGCAGGGGCCCGUAGAAGAGCACGAGCUGGCAGUUGUCAUGCUCACAAGGCUUUUAAACAAGAUCCAGAAAGCAGAGCUGCCCUUGCCCAGCCCUCCCUGUGUCUCCUGGGCUGCCGUUUAGACUCGGUAGAUGUUUCUAGAGAAGAUCUGGUUCCAUAAGGAGGUGGGAAUUGGCAUCCUGGCAGAGAGGUGUGCUGCCAGGCACCAGCUCCGAGUCCGGCUGGGCACAACUUUAGGUUUAAAGGUAUUGCUUCUGUCUAGGGGAAACGGGAGCAAAGUGACUGCUGGGUUUGCGUCGGGCGUGCAAUGCUUUAGAGAAAGUGAGUCUUUUGGACCAAGCAGCUAAAUAAUUUCAUAGCCAGGCAGUUUCUCAAUAGGUGGAUGCUGCCCAGGCUAUGAGCGGUUGACGUUAGGGUAGAGUAGCAUAAACAAGCUGAAAAACCAUUCAGCAAGGCAGGUCUGCUGCUGCGACGGGCAGACCUUUGUUCUCCCCAAGCUGGAUUUCACUAGUGACGUUUGUUACAGUCUUUCUCUACGGAGGGCAACGGGGAGCCCAUAGGUACAUUUUCAGGUGGACAUCGUCUCUGUAGAAAAGGAACAGAAAGCAGUCCACUACUCUGAGCCAUUUCAUGCCAAACUUCAGUUGUUAAGAACAGUACUCGGGAGAGGAGGAGGUUUGGCCUAAAUGGCUCACAGGCUGGAAUUCUAGCCUCCUGCGAAACACUUUUCCCUGCUAGAUAACUGUCUUCAGGAAGCAAAAGGCAAUGCUGCUGUUUGGGUUUGGUUACAGUACAGCUCAGGUAAGGAGAUUGGAACCUCAGGCUGAGCAGUUAAUACUCUAUUUCCUUGCCUAUAUUUAGAGCAACACUAAUAUUCCAGGGCUGAGCCCGCGUUGAUGGUCUUUAGACUUUGCUCACUGUAAAUGCAAUGUAAAGCACCACCUCUUCGCACCCUGCAGGUUCUGAACCAACGAAACCAUUUCUCAUCAGGCUAAACCACCUGGUGGCGGUUUGAGGGGUGGGCUGGGCUGACCCAGCACCGCUCACGAGCUGCCCGGGCGCCCAGCCCUUACCGCAGCCAGGGCUGGAUGAGGCCACAGGGUCCCUCCGACGCCCUCGUCCCUGGCUGUGGGAGCUGCUCCUUGCCUCCUGCAGCUUUCUUGUGUCAUCACUGACACAUCAGGUUCCUGAACUGGCAGCACCUCCUUGUAUACUUUGCUGACCUCACAGGAACGAAUGGAAAUGCAGGAAAUUCAGGUGGGCUAAGGCAGAGCUAAAGCAGGGAAAGGAGGGAGGGGUAUCUUUUUUUUUUUUUUUUUUCCCAUCUCUAUUCUAGGACACAAAGCUAAGGCUGUUGCUGCAGGAAGGCCAGGUCCCUUUUAGGAGGACGAUGCCAGGAGGUUCCAGACCAUCAGUCUGUGACCUGUGAAGGUUCCGACAACACAAAUCCAGCGCCAAGCCCCUGUUCCCACGCUGCUUUUUCGUUUGUUCUUAGAGAUGCCUCUGUGGGCUGUGGCCAGCCACAGCCAGACCAUGACUGUACAGACCCCUUCCAGGCUGGUUGCUGGGGUUGGAGCAGUUUGGGGCUGGGUAGCCGGCGCUGUGCUCAGCCCUGCCCGCAGAGCACUCGCGGGGGCUGUGAGCAGCACUUUGCUCUCGUUUCUCUCUAACUAGCAGCAGAUCCCUGUGGCGGCCGUGCCAGGGGGCUGCAGGCGGGUUUCUCCCCCGGCUCCCGGGGAGGGCUUGCAGAGCCCCGCAUCCCGCAGGAGGGACAAGAGCUGAACCCUGUAGUUCACAAGUACGGUGUUAGUGCCGUGAUCACUGGACCAUCCUUCCUCCACCUGACAGAGCCUUUGCUCCUGGCUGUUAACAACUGUUAUAACCUAACCCUGGCUUGAACCAGUGCAGUAAGAGGGCUUUACCCUCCCAGCCCUGCUCGGGUGGCUUUCCCUGCUGGAAGGGCCCCUCACCAGGCGUUACAUCCUGGUUGAAGGGACCUUUCCACGUGUGGAAACCAAGCCUGAAACGCAGGAUGUGGAGGUAGAAGGUGGUGAGUGAGUUGCUCACCGGGACCGCUGCUUCCAGCUGGGGACAGGAGCGAGCCUGGCGGGCAGCGGCCAGGCAAGCCCUGGGAGGGUCAGCCCUCUUGGUCCACCGCUGUUUCAGGCUGUCUUCAAACCACACGUCUCCACCUCAGCUUUUGCAUUGCAGAUGUGUUUUUAAAGCAGCUUGAUGUUAGUGAGCUAGACCGUAGUGCCUUACUUUAGGAUUUAGCAAACACUUCCAAGAAUGAGCUAGGGCUGCUAGCCUUCGGCUACUGUGGAUGCUUCCCUGAUUAGUUUGUUCUUUUAAGAGCCUUUCUCCCUGAUUGUUUUGCUGCUGUUUGUGCUCGACUCCCCAGACUAUACGGGAACCUGCCUUGUGUUUACAGCUCCCAGCAUCUCUCCUCCCAGUUACUUUGGCCCAGACCAAGAACCUCUAGAACAAGGUGGGAACAGCUCAAACCUGCAUGUGCUGUGGGGUGGAGGAUGUUUAGGCUUUUCUUCCCAGGUGGGUCUAUCGGGCAUCUCCUGCCCAGUUCCUACAGGCUGAACUUCUCCCUCCGCUGUAGAUGUUUUUGGCAUUAGGAUGCGCCACUGGGAAAACUCAAGCUUAAGAAAGCAGCACCGAGCCUGCAGCCCAUUGCCCAGCCCAGGGCCAGGCUGUCUCCAUCUCUUUCUGGCCGCAGCGAAGCUGAGCAUCCAGGUGCUGGGGGGGUCUGGUCAGCGUGGGGGGAGCCAAGCCCCCUCUCGUGAAACCCUGCUGCCCUCUGAGCUUGUGGGGCUGCAGCCGGUGCCCGUGCUGGGGGAGUGAUUGUAUGAAACUGUUUACUUCUGAUUACGCUGUUUACAAGAGGGAUGUGGGGUGGGUGGGGGGAACAAGCCAAGCCUCAGGAGGAUUGGGAAACGUGUUAUCUGCACCAGCCUGCAGCAAGGCUGACACCGCCGGCAUUGUGCCGGUGUCACGGGGAUCUCCCGACCAGCUUCAGUCCACAGGGAGGAGAGAGCAGAGGUGGCUCUAGCCUAGAGGGGUUAGAUUAGCUCCCCCUUGUCCCCUUGCUGCUGUGUUUUGAGGUUCAGCGGUGCUAGUGACAGAUAAGAGUUACCCCUGUGGUCUUCCUUUACUCCUCAGGACCCAGCUCCUUCACAUAUCAGAGGCUCCCAGAGCCUUUCUGGAGCAAUAAGACUUAAAACAAGCAUUACCAUCGUCGUGGAAAUCCUCCGUUGUGUGCAUUGUAUGUCUCCUCCGUAUGCAGUACCGAGUCUGGGUUUAAGCCUGCCAAGCGUCAUGGGGCAACUGCUUCAGGGCACGAACUGGGAUGGGUUUUCCCGGGGCUUUCUGCAGGUCACGAGAGCAGGGAAACCCAUUGCUGCUUUCCUUCCUUACCCCAGGUGUGUGCUGCCCAAGCCUCACACUACAGCCGCCUGGGGCGAGGCGGGGGGGGUCCUGGUCCCCUUUCAGCGACGCUGCUGCAGCAUGGGCACGGGGUGCUCAGCCCCGGCUCCUCGCAGCCUCCCAUCCCUGCGGCCAGGCUGCUGGGGUCCGAGGCUUGGCAGAGGGGCAGCAUCCGGAGAGUAGAGCCGGAUCCAGGGGAGCCGGGGGAUCCAGGGGCUGAUGCUCACGCUGCUGCUUCCUUGCGAACAUCGCUGGUGGUGGGGAGAACUGCGCCAGCAGCUCCUCUGCUGUCUGCUGGUUACUGGGCACAUCCCAGCGUGUGGCCCUUGGUGUCCAAAAGCAUUUCACACUUCAGAGCGGGGUGUCGGGGUGGUGGGCACAGCUGGAAGGAAAGUGCAGGGAGCUGCUCUCCUCCAGCAGCACCCUGACAAGUUCCAUUUCUCUGCAGUCUGCCCAAGUGCUUUUCACUCUGAGGGUGAUGUCCAGGCUGCUGGAAGAGCUCGCGGGGACCACACGGGAGUGCUUGGUGUCCCCAGGCUGGCACCCCAGCAGUUGCCCAGCCCACCCUGGGCCUUCAGCUCCCUCAUCCAGCAAAACCCAGGAGCUUUGCGAGCAGCUUCCCUGCCCCAGCCCUGCCCUGGGCUCCCCCCUGCAGCCCCAGUGCUGAGCUAGCAAGAGCAGAAGGCUUAAACCCAGACUCCAAACUAAAGAUAAUGAUAAUUAGUAAAUGAAUCUGUAUUUUUUUUUUUUUUUUUUUUUUGCACAGAAGCUGGUAAUCUAGGACCUAUGUGUGAACAAGUUUAUAUAAAUAUUUUUUGUACUUGGUUUACUUGGGUUGGUAUGAGACGUUCUAUUUAAGUUCUUUGAACACUGUGGAUACCCUGAUGUGUAUGAGUGGCAGAGGCUUUGUAAAUUAAGGGGCGUUUGUGUGAAUAAAGCUAUUUGAUG